AUGCCGGUGUUUGCUCAAGCCGGAAAAUCUAAAGUUGCUCAGUUCAAAAGCCUCGACCUCACAACAUGUGCUGACUCCGACAGGACGCGGUUCAGAAGUCUCCCGAGGUUUCUUGAAGACAUCACACACAAACUUGUGCAAUCAGGAUGCCGUCAGCCCAGAGUGAGUGCAGCGUUUGAGCGAUCGGACGGAUCUCGUGAGCAGACGCAGCUCUUCACUUUCUCUCUCUCUCUCACUUUCUCUGCAGACGCAGCGCUCUUCUUGUCUGCUGUACUGGCAGCGUUCCUCAGUCUGGUGGAUGCGGUGCCUGCGUACAGCGGUCUGGCCGAACGCUCCGAAACAUCUGGAGACGAGGUUCAGGACGUGGAGGGAAAGAGUCCUCUGAGCGAGCGGCAGAAAUGGUAUCUGAUGGCCAGAGAUCUGCACAGAGACGUCAAGACGCUGCGAGACCAGCAGUUUGAGAGGGACUUCAGAGAGACGAUGAACAUGACGGCGUAUGAAGGCGUGAGGAUCACAACUCCUCUCCUCAGACCCUCCGACGGCUGUCUGUCCAGAAACUUCAGCGCAGAUUUGUGUCUGAGCCGCAUUUACAGCGUCCUGACCUGGUAUAAAGAGAACUGGAGCUUGAUCGAGAACGAAAACCUGACCUCCAGCCUGGUGAAGGACAUCAAAUGCGGGACCAAGCGCCUGCUGGAGGCAAUUAACAGCCAGCUGCAGAUAGCAGACGGAGGGGUGGAUCAGAUCUCCAGCGCUCCUCUAUCGGUCAGAUCCACGUGGAUGCGCAAGACCACGACACAUUCGAUCCUGUUCAACUUCACCAGCGUGAUGAUCGACACGUGCAGAGCAGUCCAUUACAUCAAACGCAAAGCUGCACACCGAGCAAAAGACACGAAGAGACCCGCAGACUGGAGCUCCGACAAGAACUAGUUUAUUCAACUAUUAUUUUUAUUUAUUGACCAUCGCAGAUAUUUCAUUCAGGGCAGAAUAAUUUAAUAUUUAUGAGUCUGUACUUUUAACUUAUUGAAUGUUGUGCAACAUUGAUAUUUAUAAAUGCAAUUAUUUAUGUGCCAGUAUUUUCUAUUUACUUCUCAUUUGCACGACACUGAAAAUCAGUGCCGAUUAAUGUAUUUAUGAACU